CACAACUUUCAUGCUAAAUCAAUUCAUUUUACUUGCAUAUAGAUCUUAGGUGACAACAUGCAAUUGACACAAGUAAUAUACAAAUUUACAUAUACAUCGAUCCAAAUGCCCCCAACAUUGCUGCAUUUCCAAUGGCAUAAAAAUCAUGUUCCCAAGUACGGAUUUCAGGAACUAUGCUGUCCACAUUGAUGUCAUCUUUAGCCAAGGAAUGGAAAGUACUUCCAUAUUCUUUUGCUCGGUCAAGAAUGUUGCUCCUCUC